AUGCCAUGUAAAGCAUUUUUUCGACGAAAUGCAGUUAAACUUGGUACCCAUGAGUUUGUCUGUCGAUAUGAUGGUGAUUGCAUAAUAAUAAAUAAAUAUCGUCGUUCAUGUAAUUGUUGUCGUUUGGCAAAAUGUUUUCGUGUUGGAAUGAAAAAAUCAUUCAUACUUACAAGUGAAGAACGUGAAGCUCGAAAUAAACUUGUAGCAAUAAAUCGUAUUAAACGUCACGAAUUAGCUGAACCACAAUGUCUCAUAUGGAGACAAUUACCAUCAUUAUUUCGUAUGCCGUCUAAGUCAACGCAAUAUAUUUCUGCAUAUGAUCAAGUUCUUCUUACUAAUAUUUUCAAUGCAUAUGAAAAGACUUGUAUACUAGCCAGAAACACUACUUUGAAAAAUUAUCCUGCUAUUCAACAUACAUCUAUACAUGGAUUUGCCAAUGAAAUUGCAGCUGAAUACGAAGUCGCUUUCGAAUAUUUGAAACUUAUACCUGAAUUUAAUAAUCUCAUCAUUGAUGAUAAAGUACGUCUAUUAAAAAAUCAUGGCGGUACGAUAAUUCAUAUAAAUGAACCUUUAAUGCAUCCAGGACCAUCUAUUAAUCUUGUUUGUACAUGGAUCAAUAUCUUUGGUCUUGAUAUAACCAAACGUCUUUUCAGACGUAAUCGAAUUAUUGAACAAUUUAUUUUCGAUCCUAUUAUAUUAAAAAUUGUUCUCAUUAUUUUUGUACUUUCAAGUGGCAAUAGUAGAAAUAUUGUUGAUACAGAUAUGAGUCUAAUUUGUGAUAAUCCAUUAUCUAUACUCAUAGGUCAAAAUAUAUACGUUGAACUAUUAUGGAAAUAUCUUUUAUCACGUUCACCAGACGAAAAAAAUGCAGUGAAGUUUUUUAAUAGAUUAGUCCUAUUUAUACUGUUUGCACAAAAGCUUCAUCUCGAAGUAGAUGAUUACGUUCAUAGAUUAAAACAUGAAAUCAAACAAAUGGAACCAAUGAUGCAAAGCAUGUGGCCAAAAACAGAUGAAGAAGAAAAUAACAAUGAUGUGUCUAUAGUUCAGGAUAUUUCUGUGUAA